UCUGCCCUGGCUUAGGGAACAAGGCUGGGCACUGUUGUUUGCACUCCCCUGGAUGUGCUGAGCACCUGCUGCCAUGAAGUUUUUCCUCCAAUAUGUGGGCUUCUUUUGUGCUUUUUUCUCUGCUGCGUUUUUGAUAAUAUCUACCUGGACAGACUGCUGGAUGGUGAAUGCUGAUGACUCCCUGGAGGUGAGUACAAAAUGCCGUGGCCUGUGGUGGGAAUGUGUCACAAACGUUUUUGAUGGGAUCCAAACUUGUGAUGAGUACGACUCCAUCUACGCCGAGCAUUCUGUGAAGCUGGUGCUGACCCGAGCCAUGAUGAUAACAGCAGACCUCCUGUCAGGAUUUGGAUUUCUCUUCCUGGUCCUGGGACUGGACUGUGUGAAAUUCCUUCCCGAUGAGCCGCUCAUCAAGCUGCGCAUCUGCCUGGUGGCUGGGGUUAUGUUGCUCCUUGCAGGUCUCCCUGGCAUUACGGGCUCCGUGUGGUACGCCGUGGAUGUCUACGUGGAGCGCUCCUCCCUGCUCUUCCACAACAUCUUCCUGGGCAUCCAGUACAAGUUUGGUUGGUCCUGCUGGCUUGGCAUGGCGGGGUCACUUGGCUGCUUCUUGUCCGGGUCCCUGCUCACCUGCUGCAUGUAUCUCUUCAGAGAGACCAGUUCUGGAAGAUUCCAUUCUGCCUACUCCUUGAGGAAAGGCUAUUCCUCAGUUGCCACCUUCGUAACAAACGUGCAUUCGCCAUCCUCGCAGACAGCCACCUCUAAAAUGUAUGCGGUGGACACAAGGGUGUGAGCAGGAGGUAAGUGCUCCAGAAAGAGAUCUGCUUUAAUUUGUAGUGGAUUGCACAGAGACUC